CCCCUUCCUCCUCUCUCACCUUUUCUUCUCAAUCCGAGCAAGACGGCCGGCGGGGCGAGGGCGCCAGGCAGGAGAGGAGGAUGUCGGGAGGCCGGCGACCGGCGGCAGCCGCGACGAUGUGGGAGCAGGACGUCCUCGCGCUCCCCGUCGGCACCAUCCGCAUCCGCCUCGUCCUCCCGCGCCCGCCCUCCCACGCCGCCGGCCUCCGUCGCCUUUCCACGUGUCGCCAUGGAUGACGACGGCGGCGACUUCCCUCUCCCCGUCGGCGCCAUCCGCCUCCGCCUCGUCCACCCAUGCCGCCAGCCUCCAUCGUCUCUCCAAGUGCGGACAUGGAUGACGACGGCGGCGACCUCCCUCUCCCUGUUGGCGCCAUCUGCCUCCGCCUCGUCAACCCGUGCUUGCCCUCCCACACCGCCAGCCUCCAUCGUCUCUCCACGUGCGGCCAUGGAUGACGACGGCGGCAUCCUUCCUCUCCCCGUCGGCGCCAUCCGCCUCCGCCUCGUCCUCCCACGCCGCCGGAGCAGGAGGGCCUCCCCAACACCGCCGCCGUUGAGGCGCGGGCGCCAGAUCUGCAGCGGGCGGCGUCCAGCAGGGGAGCAACUGCACGGCAUCCUCGCGCUGGUCGGGUCCUGGCAGGCCGUGCGGACGAGCGUCCUGCCGCGUGCAGGAGCGAGGGUGUGGCGGUGGUGGGCUGCGAUGGCUUACAGGACUUCGCCGACGGUUCCGCCUCACCUCGCAGGCCUCCUCCCCACCAGCCGACCAACCUCUGCAGAGCUCGCGUGCUCUGACCUCGUCGACCGGGGGGACUUCGAUGGGGCACGCCGUGUCGCGGAUGCCGUGCUUGCCGCCGCCGGCCCUCGGGGCGAGGUUAGUGACCGCCUCGUGCAUCACUUCGCCCGCACGCUCCUCGCUCUACGCGGUGAAGACAAGGGAGGCCAUAGCGGUGAUGAAGGCGCGUCAGAGACAAGGGAGGCCAUGGCGGCGCUCGACCGCGACGUGCUCCUCUGUUGCACCGACGACCGCGCUCGUCACACUGUCCUGUCGCGCCCUGGCUGCUCUCCGCCGGCCAUCGACGUGGAGAGGAGAGGAGAGAGGAAGUGAGUUGAAAGGGAGGGUAAGAAGUGGCUGACGUGGACUGUCUGACAUGCAGGCCUCCUCCCCACGCUGACUCAGCCGCCACGUUGGAUAAAACCGGGUCAAAACCACCGAGGAACCUAAAAUGAACGGUACCUAAAAUGAACGGUUUUGUGGUUGGGGGUGAUUUUGUAACCCGAUUACAAGUUGAUGGACCUUCGGUGUACUUUUCCUAGGCUAACUAACUAGGCUUGUGUAGGGACAAGGCUUUGGCCCAAAAAAAAAGGAAUAAGUUCACCGGAGGUCCCUCAACUUAACAGCGAGAUUAUUUUGAGAUCCCUCAACUAUAAAACUAGAAAUGUUCACCCCUAAA